GUCACGUGUGACGUCACGCUACGUCGCGUCGGGCGGGAAACGCAAAAAUGGCGGCGCGGUGGGAGCCGGGUUCCGGGCGGGGCUGAGGGAGCGCUCCUCUUGGGCUCCGCUCCGCUUUAUUCCACAUCACCGCGGCGUCUCCCUGGGGCAGCCAGCUACGAAAAGCUGUCAACCUGAGCGACCCGGGACGUGGAAGGAGCGCGGCUCACAGUGCCUGGCUGUGCCCAGCCUGCAGCUGCCGCCAUGGAGGACGUGGAGUCGCGCUUCACGCACCUGCUGCAGCCCAUCCGUGACCUCACCAAGAACUGGGAGGUGGAUGUGGCCGCCCAGCUCGGGGAGUACCUGGAGGAGCUGGACCAAAUCUGUAUUUCUUUUGACGGUGGCAAAACUACCAUGAACUUCAUAGAGGCAGCUCUGUUAAUCCAGGGCUCUGCCUGCAUCUACAGCAAGAAGGUAGAGUACCUGUACUCACUGGUUUACCAGGCACUUGACACCAUCUCCAACAAAAAGCGGGAAAAGCAGCCCUGCUCCGUGGGACCGGACGGCAAGGACGCGGAUGCGACUUUUGGGAUGGAGAAGGAAGAGUUCCUCUCCCUGGAUGACAUCAGUGACACCAGCCAGGCCAGUGUGGACUUGAAGAAGGACCAUCAGCCCGGUGCUGUAAACGUUGUUCCCUUGACCCCAAUGUCUUUGGUUCCCCCGGAAGAGGCUGAGAAGACAAACAACCCUCUGUUCAGCCGGAAGGGGGAGAUCCUGGCCAGCAGGAAGGAUUUCCGGAUGAACACGUGCACCCCUCACACCAGUGGAGCCUUCAUGCUGGAGCUGGCAGGGCUCUCCCCAAUGUGUUUGCAGGACCGGCACCGUGAAGAGAACAACGCCUGCGGAGCAGUAGGAGCACGGUCCUCCGUCCUCGGCGGCGGGAGGGAAUCCCUGCGCGUGAGCACCGGUGCCAUGCCUGUCCAGGCCCUGAACUUCUCUGACGAUGGAGGUGGUGCAGGACCAGAGGAUGACCACGAUGGUGGGGAUGACUUGCCCGUGGAGCCCGAGGACCACAUGGAAGUGACUCCAGCUGCCAAUGAACGUGUUGAGCCACAGCGGGGCGUGCCCCAGGUGAAGGGUUAUGUGCUGCGGCAGCGAGCCCCCGCCGAGGACCUUCAGCCCCACAUCAAGGAGAUGCUGGAUCCGUGGCAAAGCCUUGACCCCUUUGGUGACUCAGAGGACAAGCCCUUCAGGAAAGGGAAGCCCUUCCUGGUGCCGCACGGCCUGGACGACGUGGUUGGGAGCAAGCGGAAAAGGAAGGGACCGAGAAAGCUGCAGGAUUUCUUGAAAUGGUUUUCUGCAACCUACAACAGCAGUGCUGACAGCAGGAAAACCAGGAGGAAAGGGCCGACGUUCGCUGAUCUGGAGGUGCUGUACUGGAAGCAGCUGAAGGAGCGGCUCGCGGCACAGAGGAAGCUGCAGAGCAGGAUGGGGCCACCCUGGUCACUACCACCGGAGCAUGAAGAGGUGGAGGAAGAGCUGGAUGCGCUGGAAGAGGAGCGGGGCAACGAGGAGGAUGGGGAAGCGGCAGAUGACUUUGUGGAGCAUGAAGACAUCCAGGAGGAGGAUGUGGAGAACCUAGUCGAGAGAGCCAUGGCUCCCUGCGACGCGGACGUGCUGAGCUAUGAGGAGCUGGUGAGGAGGAACGUGGAGCUGUUCAUCGCCAACUCCCAGAGGUACGUGCAGGAAACAGAGCUCUCCCAGCACAUCCGCCUCUGGGAGGAGAAGAUGGGGCCGGCACUGCAGGAGCAGGAGGAGCGCGCGGCCUUCGACAUCCACAGCUACGGGGACAGGCUGGCAGCCCGCUUCGGCAGCCUGGGUGAGUGGCAGUCCUUCGCCAGCCUGGUGGCUGGCCUGCCGCCCUUCGAGGUGUGCCGCUACAUGCUGGCCUCGCUGCAGCUGUCCCCCCCCUCCAUUCUGUACAGUCCCCGUCCCCUACGAUCCCACAGCACCAGGGCUCCCCUUGCUCUCAGCAAUAAAC